CCUGGUCAUCAUGGUCGAAAGACGCUUCUCUCAGUUCCUGCAGAAACUCGCCUUCUCGGGCGCGGGCCACCUGUACGAGCCCCUGGAGAGGAGCGAGUUGGAAAUUUUGAUUGGUGGGCAGUGUGAAUUGAAAGCCAUUGAAAAAGAGAAAACAGUUGCAGCUCUGUCACCCAAGGAGGCAAGCAAAUGCCACAAAGAAGAUUUGGCCAAAGCAUUUUAUGUGGACUUAGAAAAUGGGCUGUCUGAGUUCUCAGUGUCACAACGGAGACAGGUCCAUGGCUGGAAUGAAUUUGUCGCUGAUAACACCGAACCCGUGUGGAAGAAAUAUCUUGAUCAGUUUAAGAACCCCUUGAUCCUGCUGCUCCUGGCCUCCGCCCUGGUGAGCGUCCUCACGAAGGAGUACGAGGAUGCCGUCAGUAUCGCCAUGGCCGUGCUGAUCGUGGUCACUGUCGCCUUCAUCCAGGAAUACAGGUCGGAGAAAUCACUAGAAGAGCUAAGCAAGCUGGUUCCUCCCGAAUGUAACUGCAUAAGAGAAGGAAAGCUCCAGCAUCUGCUUGCACGAGACCUGGUUCCUGGAGACAUUGUGUCUCUUUCGAUCGGAGACCGGAUCCCUGCAGACAUCCGUCUCACUGAGGUCACGGACCUCCUGGUGGACGAGUCCAGCUUCACAGGAGAAGCCGAGCCAUGCAGUAAGACGGACAGCCCGCUGACGGGUGGAGGGGACCUCACCACUCUGAGCAACAUUGUCUUCAUGGGGACCCUGGUGCAGUGUGGGAAGGGGCAGGGAGUCGUGAUUGGAACAGGGGAAAGGUCCCAGUUUGGAGAAGUGUUCAAGAUGAUGCAGGCUGAAGAGACGCCUAAAACCCCACUACAAAAAAGCAUGGACAAGCUAGGGAAGCAGCUGACACUUUUCUCCUUUGGCAUCAUUGGCUUGAUCAUGUUCACUGGCUGGCUGCAAGGGAAGCAGCUCCUCAGCAUGUUCACGAUCGGGGUCAGCCUGGCUGUGGCUGCCAUUCCCGAGGGUCUGCCUAUCGUCGUCACGGUUACGCUGGUCCUGGGAGUGCUGCGGAUGGCCAAGAAGCGCGUCAUCGUGAAGAAGUUACCAAUCGUGGAGACCUUAGGUUCCUGCAGUGUCAUCUGUUCGGAUAAGACAGGGACGCUGACCGCCAACGAGAUGACCGUCACCCAGCUGGUGACGUCCGAUGGGCUCCAUGCUGAGGUCAGCGGAGUGGGGUAUAACAGCAAAGGGACCGUCUGUCUGUUACCCUCAAAGGAAGUCAUUAAGGAGUUCAGCAACGUCUCAGUGGGGAAAUUAGUAGAGGCAGGCUGUGUGGCCAACAACGCCAUCAUCAGAAAAAACGCCGUGAUGGGACAGCCCACGGAAGGUGCGUUGAUCGCCCUGGCCAUGAAGAUGGACUUAAGUGAUAUUAAAGAUUCGUAUGUGAGAAAAAAAGAGAUUCCAUUCAGUUCGGAGCAGAAAUGGAUGGCAGUAAAAUGCAGCCCCAAGAACGAGGACCAGGAAGACAUUUACUUCAUGAAGGGGGCCUUUGAAGAAGUGAUUAAUUACUGUACCAUGUACAACUCCGGAGGCAUCCCCCUUCCACUGACCCCCCAGCAGAGAUCCUUCUGCCAGCAGGAGGAGAGGAGGAUGGGGUCGCUUGGCCUGCGUGUGCUGGCCCUGGCCUCUGGGCCCGAGCUGGGGAGGCUGACUUUCCUGGGGCUCGUCGGGAUCAUCGACCCUCCGAGGACUGGAGUGAAGGAAGCGGUGCAGGUGCUCUGUCAGUCGGGCGUGUCGGUGAAGAUGAUAACGGGCGAUGGCCUGGAGACCGCCUCCGCCAUAGGAAGGAACAUCGGCCUUUGCAACGGGAAGCUGAGAGCCAUGUCCGGGGAAGAGGUGGACAGUAUGGAGCAGGAAGAGCUGACUGACCGCGUCAGAAAGGUAUCUGUCUUCUUCAGGACCAGCCCAAAGCACAAGCUCAAAAUCAUAAAGGCUUUGCAGGAAUGGGGGGCGAUCGUGGCCAUGACAGGGGACGGGGUGAAUGAUGCGGUCGCCCUGAAGUCCGCGGACAUCGGGAUUGCCAUGGGGCAGACAGGGACAGACGUUAGCAAAGAGGCUGCCAACAUGAUCCUCGUGGACGAUGACUUCUCAGCCAUCAUGAAUGCGGUGGAGGAAGGCAAGGGGAUUUUUCAUAACAUCAAAAACUUCGUCCGGUUUCAGCUGAGCACGAGCAUCUCAGCCUUGAGCCUCAUCACUCUGUCCACUGUGUGCAACCUGCCCAGCCCCCUCAACGCCAUGCAGAUCCUGUGGAUCAACAUCAUCAUGGACGGGCCACCAGCACAGAGCUUGGGGGUAGAGCCGGUGGACAGAGACACCCUCCAGCAGCCCCCACGGAACGUCAAGGACACCAUCCUCGGUAGAGCCCUCAUCCUCAAGAUCCUCCUGUCGGCUGCCAUCAUCAUCAGCGGGACCCUCUUUAUCUUCUGGAAAGAGAUCCCCGCGGACAGGGCCAGCACCCCACGCACCACGACCAUGACCUUCACCUGCUUUGUGUUCUUCGACCUCUUCAACGCCUUGACCUGCCGCUCUCAGACCAAGUUGAUAUUUGAGAUCGGUUUUCUCCGGAACCCCAUGUUCCUGUACUCGGUGCUGGGGUCAAUUCUGGGGCAGCUGGCCGUGAUUUACAUCCCGCCCCUGCAGAAGGUCUUCCAGACGGAGAACCUGGGCGCACUGGAUUUGUUGCUUUUAACUGGCUUGGCCUCAUCCGUGUUCAUUUUGUCAGAGCUCCUCAAACUAUGUGAAAAAUUCUUCUCCAGAGCCAAGCCAGCCCAGACUCACCCAGAAGACAUCUAGUGGACCGCACCUGUGUAAAAUCCCUCAAUCUCUAUUUUCACGUGACUCUGGCCCUUCCCCAGCCCCUCGUCAGAGGGGUGCUUUUAGGAUACCGUGCGGCCGCCUCCCCCCUUCCCCCCGGCUCUGCCCCGGGCUCGAGGACGGGCUGGGAGCAGACGGCACAGAAACACCUCACUAUUUAUUAAACCACAGUGAUUUGUACGAACCUUGGCCGCCUCCCUCGCUGUACCACAGCGGCCCACGGGUGAGUAAGAUGGGGGGCCCGGGGGGCCACGGCUUCUGGUCGCUCUGAGGCCCCAUCUCCUCCCCCGUCAGGUGGGGGCAAGCAGGCAUUUUGGGGGGUGCUGGGCCCGCGCCUGGUUCGCGUUUUCCCUACAAGCGGCCACGUGGGAAACCUUAUGCCACUUCUGGAAAUCCACGAAGCCUGUUGUUCCCAACCACGUCCCGGGCGACCAACAGUCCAGCCCUGAGCGGCCUGAACCAAGCCGCCGUCCUCUAAGGUCCACAGUAAAGGGCCUUUCCCUUGGGCCCCAGGACCCAGCGCAUUUCCCGGCUGCCUGAGGAUGAGCCCCAGGACCGUUCGUAAGGGAGGGCAGCGGCCAGGCAGGAAGCUGCCACGGAGGAGCAGCGUCCGUGAAAUGAGGCCACAGCUGUAACCACUAGCCCCUGCCCCCCGUUAUUAGGAUGGGGACAGGGAGGAACACAGCCGUGUCUAAGAGACUCGCUCACGCUACUGAGGGGGCUGGCGACUCAGGAGCACGCCAACAUGGGACUCCUUCCUUCCCGGGCAUCCCAGGCCUUUCUCUUAAGCCUUCAACUGAUUGAUUGGAUGAGGCUCACCCACGUUAUGGAGGCAACCUCCGUGAUCCAAAGCCAACUGAUUGAAAUGUUAAGCACACCUAAAAAAAUCUCACGGGAACAGCGAAACUGGUAUUUGACCAAACAGCUGGGCACCACAGCCUGGCCAAACUGACACAGAAAAGUAACCCUCUUGCCCAAAACCGGCUGCCUGGAGUGGUGACACCUGGGCCAGACCAGGGAGAGGGAGGUCAGAGUGGACCCCUGCAGCUCCCAGGCAAAGUUCGGAAUCCUCGGAAGGAAGAUGCAUGGCCUGGGGUCACUAUCCUCCCUCCAUAACCCCUGCUGGUGACACCAGAGUUAAAGGAAGAGACACGCAUGUGCCGCCCCUACGAAAAUAUGAUUGAGGGGGGCUGCCCAAGAGGAAGCCAUUCGGGCGGGGCUGAUACCAAGGCUUGGCAGCUGCUGAGCUGGUAACUCCUGCCCGCCCCCCCCCAGCCUGCUGCCCACCGUGGCUCUGAAUCAGGGGCGCCUCCAAGCACCAUGCUGCCCCUUAAAAAAUAAUCAAGAACAACCAGGGUCAACUGAUACUUGCAGUAACAACAUAAAAAAGUACUCUUCAUCCUUAAUACCAUACAGAAAUCCUUAAAUAAAAUGCCAUACAAAACAGCCCAAGGUAGACUGUGAAUGUCAAAGAUAAAAUAAUAACGACUACGAACAGGUACAGGUGAAAUCUUACUAACCAAGACCCAAAAUGCUGACCGUAAAGUAAAACGGAUAAAUCAGACUACACGCAAAUGUAAACCAUCUUUUCAUCAAAAUAUAGCAGACUUGAACACCAUUAAGCAACUUAGCUUGACUCCCAUUUAUAGAAUGCUCACCCCUCAGCAGCAAAGGGACAUUCACCAAAAUAAAAAUAGGAAACAGCAGAAAUCAGUGAAGUCAAAGAUUUUUGAUGGAAAAAAAUCAAAUAAAAGCUAGUUCUUUUAAAAUAUCAAUAAAAUCGCCAGUCUUGGUAGAGGUUUAUCCAAGGGAAAAAGAUACAAAUUGCCAAUAUUAGGGACAAAGGUGGUUGAUCAUGCCAGCUCCCUCGAGAUAGUCCAACAGUAAUACUGAGAAUCUCAGGCACAGAAAUUUAACAAGUUAAAGGAAAUAAACCAAUUCCUUGAAAACCACAAACUACUGCAACACAUUAAUAUGCAGUAAUCUGAUUAGUCCCAAAACGUCUAAGGACAGUGACGUAGUUUAAACUGUUCCCCCAAAAAGGAAAUGUUGUGACUCUGGACAACAAUUCGGAAGCAAGUUAAUGAAGAAAACAUCGUCAUUUCAAUAAAUGGUGUUGGAACAGCAGAAAGAGCCACCCUCGACUCAAGCCUCAUGCCUUCCACAAAAAUGAACUCAAAAUGAGCCACAGAUCAAAACCAGAAGAAAAACAGGGGAAAAAAUCUUUGGGAUCUAGGAUUAGGCAGAGUUCUUAGACCUGACCCCACAAGACCAUCCCUAAAAGAUAAAAGAAACUGAGUAAAUACACUGUAGUGGAAUUACUGGGUCAUAUGGUAAUUCUAACUUCCUGAGGAACCAACGAAAAUGAAAACCCUAAUUCAAAAAGGUAUUUGCCCCCCUAUGUUCAUUGCAGCAUUAUUUAUAAUAGCCAAGACAUGAAAGCAGCCUCGCGUCCAUCCACGGAUGAACGGAUACAGAAGAUGUAGUGUAUAUACAAUGGAGUAUUACUCAGCCAUAAAAAGAAUGAGAUCUUGGGGCAC